AAGGUCUUUUUGAGCUUCGCGAAUUCCUACUACGCUAACAGUUCACAUACACUCAGGACAAUAAUGGAGGAAGCUCAGAAUGACAACAAGGAUAAUAAUGGAAGUUUGGUUACAGUUGUUGACGAGACCGAUGCGCAAGAAGAGCCAAUGGUGGGACCGGGACCCGCCCCGGUCCGUCGCCCAAAGCGUCCGCUUCAGUUUGAACAGGCCUAUCUCGAUUCUCUUCCAUCUGCUAACAUGUACGAGAAAAGUUACAUGCAUAGAGAUGUAGUAACUCAUGUUGCUGUUUCAGCAGCUGAUUUUUUCAUCACAGGGAGUCAAGAUGGACACUUGAAAUUUUGGAAGAAAAAAGGUGUUGGCAUUGAGUUUGCUAAGCAUUUCAGAUCCCACCUUGGGCCUAUUGAAGGGCUGGCGGUGAGCGUAGAUGGUUUGCUUUGCUGUACGAUUUCAAGUGAUCGGUCUGUCAAAAUAUAUGACGUGCAUAACUAUGACAUGAUGGUCAUGUUACGCCUUCCAUAUACACCUGGUGCUGUUCAAUGGGUUUACAAACAAGGGGCUGUCAAAGCCAAGCUUGCUAUUAGUGACCGUAACUCCCCAUUUGUGCACGUAUAUGAUGCACGAGCUGGAACAAAUGAACCCAUCAUUUCUAGAGAAAUACAUAUGAACCCUGUUAAAGUAAUGAGGUACAACCAUGCUUGUGAUACUGUAGUAACCGCAGAUACCAUGGGAAUCAUUGAAUAUUGGGAUCCUACUACACUUCAAUUCCCUGAAAGCGGGGUUAAUUUUAAACUGAAAAGUGAUACUGAUCUAUUUGCAAUUGUCAAAAGUAAAACUGCUGUUUCUGCUAUUGAGGUAAGUGCAGAUGGUAAGCAAUUUGCAAUCACGUCACCUGAUCGUAGAAUACGAAUAUUUUGGUACAGGACAGGUAAACUAAGACGUGUCUAUGACGAAUCACUGGAGAAUGCUCAAGAUCUUCAGAGGAGUGAUGUUCCCUUGUAUCGACUAGAAGCAAUCGAUUUUGGGAGAAGAAUGGCAGUUGAAAGGGAAAUUGAAAAAACAGAAAAUGUACCGCAGCCAAAUGCACUGUUUGAUGAAAGCUCCAACUUCAUUAUUUAUCCAACGCUCCUUGGUAUUAAAAUUGUAAAUCUGCACACAAACAAAGUUGCCAGAAUUCUAGGGAAGGUGGAAAAUAACGAUCGGUUUUUAAGAAUUGCCUUGUACCAAGGUGAUCAGAGCAGCAAAAAAGUUCGGAAAAUUCCUGCUGCUGCUGCAAAUGUCAACGAAAGCAAAGAACCCCUGACAGAUCCUACUUUGUUAUGCUGUGCUUUCAAAAAGCACAGAAUCUAUUUGUUCAGUCGGAGAGAACCAGAGGAACCUGAGGAUGCAACCAAGGGACGGGAUGUUUUUAAUGAAAAGCCUCCUCCAGAUGAACUUAUGGCUGCAUCAGAUAUAGGAAAGUCUGUUACAACAUCCCUUCCAGAAAACGUGAUUAUGCACACAACACUUGGCGAUAUCCACAUGAAGCUGUACCCAGAAGAAUGUCCAAAAACUGUGGAGAACUUUACCACACACUGUAAAAAUGGCUACUAUGAUAAUCUGAUAUUUCAUCGGGUUAUUAAAGGUUUUAUGAUACAGACUGGAGACCCCUUGGGAGAUGGAACCGGUGGGCAAUCUAUUUGGGGAAGGGAGUUUGAAGAUGAAUUUCACAAAAGUUUAAGACACGACAGACCUUUCACUUUGUCAAUGGCAAAUGCGGGCCCAAACACCAAUGGGUCUCAGUUCUUUAUCACGACUGUGGCUACACCAUGGCUGGACAAUAAGCAUACUGUUUUCGGCAGAGUUAUAAAGGGCAUGGAUGUCGUUCAGGCAAUCGAGAAGGUGAAGACAGACAAGGGAGAUAAACCAUACCAAGAUGUAAAAAUCUUAAAUGUGACGGUUCCAAAGUCAUGAGUAAAGGCUGUAUGUUGUAGCUGAUGAUCUGUAUAAUGUGCUGCUGGCAUUUGACCAAAUUCAAAGAUUCCAAGUCAGGUACAUGUUUACUUAACUACACUCUCUGUUUUGUUAAUUGAGGUGUUAUGUUCUCAUAUAUAAGAGAAUAUGAUUCCAAAUACUGCUCAUCAACUAAUACCUACAGAAAGCUUGUACUCGGAUGUUUGAAAUAAAUUCUUCUUUCUUGUUUUUCCUUAGAUGGAACAAAUUGCAUAAUAGAAACUGGAAUGCCAUUUUAAGAAUUUGGAGGAUUACAUGAUUUUGCAGAAGAAUCUGUCGUUGACUACUAACAAACAACCAUACAAAAUGAUUGCACUGGCUAUCAUAAAAACAUUUCUUGCUUUCCAAAUUAAGUUUUGAUAUUAAUUUUUCUUUCUUGGGC